AUGCGACUUUAUCAUGCUUUGACUCGCAGUCGAGGCAGCAUCACGAAUGCUUACCUGAGGCCAGCCAGGACCAUCUCAUCAUGCCGCAUUCACGCUACGCAACCUGCCACCAUUACGAGCUGUCUGGGCGUGGGCAGAAAGCGUACCCAAGAUGCUAGGCCACGAUGUCAACGAUAUGCCCCUAUCUCUCGGAGGUCGUUCUUCAGCGAAAGCCUUCCGGCGGUUCUGGUUCCUCCUGCAGUGUUCUUAAGCUUGCUUGUUGGCCUUUGGACGUACAAAUGUAUCAUGACUGUCCUUUUCCAGGACAAGAUCAUCUAUAUGCCUUACAUGCCACCAUUUGCGCGAUCCGAGAAGAUGGAAGACUAUACUGCCAUCUGCAAGCCUGUGGAAUGGGAAAGUCUACACGUCAAGUCCUUAGACGGAACCAAGAUCGCACUGGCUGUUGGUCGACUGCCAGAGCGCACUUGCACAGACAGCGCAGUUCAAGGCAAAAAACGUAGAAUUGCCAUUGCAUACUUUCACGGCAAUGGUUCUUCAAUACCUCCUCGACUGCCUCUGAUGUCUGGAACACUCAAAGCCAUCGAACGCGCAUCACCAGACUCAGACGUUGAAUUUGUGAUCGUAGCACUUUCGUAUCGUGGAUACUGGACGUCUUCUGGACGAGCCUCGCAGGCAGGAAUUGAGAAAGAUGCCCAAGCUAUGUUGCAGUGGAUUCAGAAGACAUAUGAAGGUGCUGGCGUUGACCUGCAGAUAAUGCUUUGGGGACAGAGCAUUGGCUCUGGUGUGGCGUCAACGGCAGCUGCGACAUAUGUCACUGACCGAGCAAGGGACAAGCCUCCUCUCACUGCUCUGCUUCUGGAGACACCCUUCACAAGCAUCAAGAGCAUGCUGCUGGCUUUGUACCCGCAAAAGUGGCUACCGUAUAAGUACCUCUGGCCAUUUCUCUGGAAUCACUGGGACAGUGAGGUGGCUUUGCAGCGCAUUGCAGAAGCUGACCUUCGACCCGAGAUCUUGCUCUUACCUGCAACGCGCGAUGAAGUCGUGCCCCGAGAUGAAGUCGACAAGCUUGAGUCGAUCUGCAAAGAGCUGGGCCUGCCGAUGAAGAGGAAAGAUAUCAUCGGCGCGUUGCACUUCGAGGCGACUGUCCGCACAGACGGUCAAGAAGCCGUGGCACGAUUCGUCGCAGACACGAUCAGAUCUCGGGAAUCUCGAGCUGGCACUUCUCGCGUGCGGUGA